CGGCCGCAGCGUCGCCGCCUGCCCCGGCCGGGCCGCGUCCCGGAGCCGUCGGGCAUGGAGCCGUGGAAGCAGUGCGCGCAGUGGCUCAUCCACUGCAAGGUGCUGCCCGCCAACCACCGCGUGACCUGGGACUCGGCGCAGGUGUUCGACCUGGCGCAGACCCUCCGCGACGGGGUCCUGCUGUGCCAGCUCCUCAACAACCUGCGGGCGCACGCCAUCAACCUGAAGGAGAUCAACCUGAGGCCGCAGAUGUCCCAGUUUCUCUGUUUGAAGAACAUAAGGACAUUCCUUACAGCCUGUUGCGAGACCUUUGGAAUGAGAAAGAGCGAACUCUUCGAAGCAUUUGACCUAUUUGAUGUUCGUGACUUUGGAAAGGUUAUAGAAACCCUGUCACGACUUUCUCGCACACCGAUAGCGUUGGCCACAGGAAUCAGGCCCUUCCCCACAGAAGAGAGCGUUAGUGAUGAAGACAUCUACAAAGGCCUUCCUGAUUUAAUAGAUGAAACGCACGUGGAUGAUGAAGAAGGUCUCUACGACUGUGUUUAUGGGGAGGACGAAGGUGGAGAAGUCUACGAGGACUUGAUGAAAGCAGAGGAAGCACAUCAACCUAAAUGUCCAGAAAAUGACAUACGAAGUUGCUGCCUAGCAGAAAUUAAGCAGACAGAAGAAAAAUACACAGAAACAUUGGAGUCAAUAGAAAAAUAUUUCAUGGCACCACUGAAAAGAUUUCUGACAGCAGCAGAAUUUGAUUCCGUAUUCAUCAACAUUCCUGAACUUGUAAAAGUUCAUCGGAACCUAAUGCAAGAAAUUCAUGAUUCCAUUGUAAAUAAAAACGACCAGAACUUGUAUCAAGUUUUCAUUAACUACAAGGAAAGGUUGGUUAUUUAUGGACAGUACUGCAGUGGAGUGGAGUCGGCCAUAUCUAGUUUAGAUAACAUUUCUAAGACAAAAGAAGAUGUAAAACUGAAAUUAGAGGAAUGUUCCAAAAGAGCAAAUAAUGGAAAAUUCACUCUUCGAGAUUUGCUUGUGGUUCCUAUGCAGCGUGUUUUAAAGUAUCACCUUCUCCUCCAGGAAUUGGUCAAACAUACUACUGAUCCUAUGGAGAAGGCAAAUCUGAAACUGGCUCUUGAUGCAAUGAAGGACUUGGCACAAUAUGUGAAUGAAGUGAAAAGAGAUAAUGAGACUCUUCGUGAAAUUAAACAGUUUCAGCUAUCUAUAGAAAAUCUGAACCAACCAGUUUUGCUUUUUGGACGACCUCAGGGAGAUGGUGAAAUUCGAAUAACUACUCUAGACAAGCAUACGAAGCAGGAAAGGCAUAUCUUCUUAUUUGAUUUGGCAGUGAUUGUAUGUAAAAGAAAAGGCGAUAACUAUGAAAUGAAGGAAAUAAUAGAUCUUCAGCAGUAUAAAAUAGCCAACAAUCCUACGACCGAUAAAGAAAAUAAAAAGUGGUCUUACGGCUUCUACCUCAUCCACACCCAAGGACAGAAUGGGUUGGAAUUUUAUUGCAAAACAAAAGACUUAAAGAAAAAAUGGCUGGAACAGUUUGAAAUGGCUUUAUCAAACAUAAGGCCAGACUAUGCAGACUCCAAUUUCCAUGAGUUCAAGAUGCACACCUUCAAUCGGGUUACAUCCUGCAAAGUCUGCCAGAUGCUCUUGAGAGGAACAUUUUAUCAAGGCUAUUUAUGUUUUAAGUGUGGCGCGAGAGCACACAAAGAAUGUUUGGGAAGAGUAGACAAUUGUGGCAGAGUUAAUUCUGCUGAACAAGGGACGCUCAAACCACCGGAGAAACGGACCAAUGGACUCCGAAGAAACCCCAGACAGGUGGAUCCAGGUUUACCAAAGAUGCAGGUCAUUAAGAACUAUACAGGAGCACCGCCCCCAGGUCUUCACGAAGGACCCGCAUUACAUAUCCAGGCAGGGGAUACAGUUGAACUUCUGAGAGGAGAUGCACACAGUCUGUUUUGGCAGGGUAGAAAUUUAGCAUCUGGAGAGGUUGGAUUUUUUCCAAGUGAUGCUGUCAAACCUUGCCCAUGUGUGCCCAAGCCAGUAGAUUAUUCUUGCCAACCCUGGUAUGCUGGAGCAAUGGAAAGAUUGCAGGCAGAGACUGAACUUAUUAAUAGGGUAAAUAGUACUUACCUUGUGAGGCACAGGACCAAAGAGUCAGGAGAAUAUGCAAUUAGCAUUAAGUACAAUAAUGAAGCAAAGCACAUCAAGAUUUUAACAAGAGAUGGCUUUUUUCACAUUGCAGAAAAUAGAAAAUUUAAAAGUUUAAUGGAACUUGUGGAGUACUACAAGCAUCAUUCUCUGAAAGAAGGUUUCAGAACCUUGGAUACGACCCUACAGUUUCCGUACAAGGAGCCCGAACAUUCAGCUGGGCAGAGGGGUAAUAGAGCAGGCAACAGCUUGCUAAGUCCGAAAGUGCUGGGCAUCGCCAUCGCUCGGUAUGACUUCUGUGCCAGAGACAUGCGAGAAUUGUCCUUGCUCAAGGGAGACGUGGUGAAGAUUUACACGAAGAUGAGUGCGAACGGCUGGUGGAGGGGAGAGGUCAAUGGCAGGGUGGGCUGGUUUCCGUCCACGUAUGUGGAGGAGGACGAGUGACCGGCGCCCCAACCCUCGAGGCACCUGCGCCCCCCGGCCUCGGUGGGUGUCUGUAGGCUCGUGGGCAGCGGGCGGCUUGCCUGCAGGUGGCCCGGCGCCCCGAAAGCGCCUCGACCUGACAGUCCUGCCAAUGCUGCGCGAGGCCGCACCCUGUGGAGCCUGCCUUGCUAAAUGCUGAACCCGGAUUUCCUUUCUUCUCACGUGCCAUUUGCCAGAAUGUUCGAUGGUACAAAGAAGCAGAAAUUUAAUUUUGCUCUUCCCAGCAUGAGGAAAAAUUUGAGUUUGGCCAUGUGGGCGGCUUCCGGGAAGGGUCCAGCACUGCUUGUCCUCAGUGGCCUCACAGGGUGACUCACUGGCUGGCAGACGCGCCUGCCCGUAGAUGCUACUCACAAUAAACUAGAAGAGACAAAUGCUCAGGUUUGCUUCAUUAGGGAUCUAUCCCAGAGGGGUUUUAAUUAUUCAUUUGAUGUUCUGAUUAUAUUUGCAGACUUCUUUAUAAAAAAAAAAAAGUACAUAAAAGCGAGUGUCUUCAUAUUAAAUUUUCACAGCCUUCCUGAUUUCGUAGAGGCCUUGUGGACAUGUGUACUUCGUGAAGGAAUCUGCGCUGGGUGUGUCCUGGGUCGUUCAGGGAACCUGGGUACCUGACAUUUUCACAGAAGCAGAUCAAGGGCUACGAUGGAUAGUCAUCUUCUAGAAGCGACAUCUCUAAACAUAGAGGCCUUCCCGCCCCCACCCCCAAAAAGCCCUGCUACAUAUUUGCCGAAUCUCACAUUUUCCUGGACUAUUUACAGUAGCACAGAUAACUCGGCUGAGGAUCUUGUAAAGGAAGCACGGCUGGGUCCUUUAUGCAUUUCUGGGACAGGAGGCCAUCUGUAGGCGCUUUUGGGGUGCUUGCUAACUGGUAGGAAGAUAGGUGUGGGGUGCAUUUAUUUGACCAAGCUUUCACUUCUCAUAUGAGAAGUUUUUUAAGUAUGUUUUUCCUGGGAUAUAUACAGAGUCCUCAGUCAAGACAGUCAAGUUAAGACACUAACUUGGCCCUUUCCUGAUGAAAUAUUUUCUCCAGAGCAGAAGUCUUGUUCUGACACGAUUCAGAGAGUGUUUCAUGUUUGAAGAUGACAAAACAAAAACAUUAGGAGCAUUAACUUAAUAGAGCCAAACUAGGAACAUUCGAUUCUGAAAUUUGAGAUCAUCUCUGAAGUGAGGCGGUGUGCCUGCCGUCUCCCCAACCCACUGUCAGGCCACAGUUGGAUGGUCAGUAGACACCUGCCUCUCCGGGGACCCUCGUGAGCUAGGACUUCUCAAAAGAUAGAUUCAGGACCUUUACCUCAGAAUUAUGUAAACUGUGAUUGUGUUUUAGAAAAAUUAUUGUUUGCUAAAACCAGUUAAGUUUUUGUAUAUGUGUAAAUGAUCACAAAAAUGAAUUUUAUAAAAUGUUCUGUACAGUGAAGUUGUACCCUCGAGGUGUACUCUUGGAGUGGAUUCUUUCCUAUGAAGUCUUAUCUGCAGUUCUGUGUCUCGGGAAUGUUGUGUCUGUUACCGCCAGCCAAGUGUCGUUACGGAGAAAGUCGCGUCCCACAAAUCGGAACACUCCUGUGUACAAUACUGUAGCUUGUAUUGUUUCUUUUAUUGUUAUUUUAGCCAAUAGAGCCCCUCCCUUACAAAUGGUGUUUGGUCUUCUUGUUGCAUUUCAUGGACCUGGGGAUUCCCUAGCAGAGGACAUUAGAGCCCCUUUUCAUGACCUUACCGAUUACAUCUUUGUCUAUGUUUAAUACUUUGUAUUGGAAAUUUUAAAUGCGGAUUUGUGUAGAUUUCUAAUACCAAAGACAGAAGUAAAUGUUUUUUUCCAUAUGCUUUGUCUUGCCUGUAUGCAGCCGUUGUGUAAUACGGUGAUUUAGAGUGUAUUUCACUUUGUAAUAUUUUGUAAAUAUGUCAAUACAAUAAAAUAGUUACUACUUGCAUUAAAUUGA